AUGUCGUUUCAUACCAGUAACAGUUUAUUUCCAAUGACUGUGCCCAUACCGAAUGGGUUUCCUGUUCAGAUAAAUAGCAAACCGAAAAAUAAAAUAAUUUUUUUGGAUGUCACUCCUGUUUCGACGCCAAUAAAGCCACAUUCGCCAAAUGUGGUGGCUCCCAUGAGAAACAAUCUAGUGGCGCCGCACAUUUCUAAUGAUAUUAUCUAUGAGAACAUCAAACCAGUCUUUACGUUGCUGAGGAUAAUGGGGGUUCUACCGAUUACAAGACCGUCUGCGUGUGUGAACCAGUUCCAAAUUGCGUCGUCGUCGAUGUUGUACGCUAUCCUCGUAUUCCUUUCCCUGGUCAGUUAUGUGCUGUACUUGUCUCUGCACAAAGUCCAGAUCCUGCGGACCGCGGAGGGCAAGUUUGAAGAAGCUGUCAUUGAGUAUCUGUUCACUGUGUACCUGUUCCCGAUGAUCGCCGUCCCGUUGCUAUGGUACGAAACGAGAAAGAUUGCAAAUGUUCUCAAUGGAUGGGUGGAUUUUGAGAUGGUCUACAAGCAGCUAUCAGGGCGCACUCUUCCCGUAAAGCUAUAUAAGAAAGCAUUAGCCAUGGCGGUCAUAAUACCCAUCCUAUCAACGACAACGGUGAUCGUAACGCACGUGACGAUGGUGCACUUCAAGCCCAUGCAGCUUGUGCCAUACGUCUUCCUGGAGAUUCUGACGUACAUGCUUGGCGGGUACUGGUACCUCCUCUGUGAAACUUUGAGCAUCUGUGCUAAUAUCUUGGCUGAGGAUUUCCAAAACGCCCUGCGUAACAUCGGCCCAGCAGGCAAGGUGGCUGAAUACCGCGCUCUGUGGCUCCGCUUGAGCAAGCUCUCCCGCGACACUGGAAUCGCCAAUUGCUACACAUUCACCUUCAUCAACCUUUACCUCUUCUUGAUAAUCACCCUCUCUAUCUAUGGACUGCUGAGUCAGAUUUCUGAAGGUUUCGGUAUCAAAGACAUUGGUCUUGCGUUGACUGCGUUCUGCAGCAUUUCGUUGCUGUUCUUUAUUUGUGAUGAAGCUCAUUAUGCGUCACAUAAUGUACGAACGAAUUUCCAAAAGAAGCUGUUAAUGGUGGAGCUAUCUUGGAUGAACACAGACGCACAAACUGAGGUCAACAUGUUCCUUAGGGCUACCGAAAUGAACCCCUCACAAAUCAGCCUCGGCGGCUUCUUUAACGUGAAUAGGACGCUAUUUAAAUCAUUACUGGCAACAAUGGUGACCUAUCUUGUAGUGCUGCUACAAUUCCAAAUCAGUAUCCCCGACGAGUCGCAGAACCGUGAUGAGGAAGAAGAAGUGCCGUACAACAUUACCAGUGCCACCACAGAAGCCAUGACUACCAGUACGACGACCAUCAUGACCACAGUGCUCACAACGCUCGCCAAGAAGAAAAAGAAGAAUUAAAAUCUUUAUAAUAUGAAGAAACGGUUCAU